UGACCCCGCCCACAUGCACACGUGACCUGGCAUCGCCAACUAGCUAAAGAUGUGAUAGAUUGGGUCAACGGCAUAUGGAAAACAAAAAAAGUGCAGUGCCACCGUGUUAUUAUCACUUGUUAUUGUCCUGGGCUUGAUUUUUUAAAAAUAACAUUUUAGUGUUGUGUUGGUGACGUCAUCCAGUGAGAAGACUUUUACGACAAAGUAGACGCCAUUGGGGUUUUCUUAAAACUUUGCCACAUUGUAGCCUUCCAUCAUUUUGGGAAGUUGUGUGUCAGUCGUAGUUACUUUCAUUUGGUCUUUUUACUUAGUUUCGGCCGGAAGUUGGUGGAACAUUGACCUACACGUUUUACAAGAAGGAGGAGGAGUAGGAGGUUUAGGAGGAGGAAGGUUCGGAUGUGAUUUGGUUUGAGUCUUGAGUCUGCAAGGGUCCUGCACGGCACACUCCACCUCCAACAUGAACGCGAAACUUUGUGGAACAAAUUACCCCACCAGCAUCUGCUUCAUUGUGGUCAACGAGUUCUGUGAACGUUUCUCCUACUAUGGCAUGAAAGCGGUGUUGACGCUCUACUUCCUGACAUACCUUCACUGGGACCACGACCUGUCCACAGCCGUCUACCACGCCUUCAGCAGCCUCUGCUACUUCACGCCCAUCCUGGGAGCGCUCAUCGCCGACUCCUGGCUCGGGAAGUACAAGACCAUCAUCUACCUGUCCAUCGUCUACGUCAUCGGACAUGUGGUCAAGUCCUUGGGCGCCAUUCCCCUUUUGGGUGGCAGCAGCAUACAUAUAUCUUUGUCCAUGGUGGGUUUGAUCCUCAUCGCCUUUGGAACAGGCGGCAUCAAACCCUGCGUGUCCGCUUUUGGAGGAGACCAGUUCCAAGAAGAGCAUGUGAGCGAGAGGAUGAAGUUCUUCUCCAUCUUCUACAUGUCCAUUAACGCAGGCAGCUUCUUGUCCACCAUCAUCACGCCCAUCCUGAGAGGUCAGGUCUUCAUGUUCUCCCUCAGGCCUUCACUCACUCACACAGACGGUGUCUCUUCACCUGCAGGAGACGUGGAGUGUUUUGGCGGUGACUGCUUUGCUCUGGCGUUUGGUGUCCCUGCUGCUCUCAUGAUGGUGGCUUUAGUUGUGUUCAUAGCGGGAAGCAGCCUCUACAGGCGGAACCCUCCUCAGGGGAACAUCUUGCUGGAAGUCUGCAAAUGCAUCGACUUUGCCAUCAAGAAUCGAUGGAGAAGGUCCAGGUACGAGUCCAGCAGGAAGCACUGGCUGGACUGGGCUGAGGACAAGUACUCGAAACGUCUGAUCAUGGAGAUCAAGAUGGUUCUGAGGGUUUUGGUGCUCUUCAUCCCUCUGCCUAUGUUCUGGGCUCUGUUCGAUCAGCAGGGUUCCCGUUGGACGCUGCAGGCCACCAGGAUGAACAUGGGCAUUGGAACCUUCUCCGUCAAACCCGAUCAAAUGCAGAUGCUGAAUCCUCUGCUGAUUCUCGUCUUUGUGCCUAUCUUUGACCUCAUCAUCUAUCCGCUGGGUCGCUUGUGCAGGAUCAACAUCACGCCGUUGAGGAAAAUGGCUACUGGGAUGGUUUUUGCGGCGCUGGCCUUUGGUGCUGCCGCCCUGGUGGAGGUCAAUGCUGUGAAAACGGUGGUGAAUCCAGCCCCAGCUGGCAAGUGUCUGCUGCAGGUAUUCAACCUGGCCCCGGGGGGCGUCCAACUCCACUUCCCUAAUGGAGAGCCUUUUCCUGAGCCCAUCCCUUACCUCCAGGACCCCCCACAGUACGUGACUCUGCCACUUGGGGCGCCCAGCAGCAACAUCAGCAUCGAUGUUCGCUCGAGCGGGUCCUCUUCUGCAUGCGAUGUCACGUUUGUCCAGCAGGAGGCGUACAGUCUCAUUCUGCACCCAUCGACCAAUGGGAUACUUUGCUCACUGGUGAAGGAUCACAUCAAGAAAGAUGACGGAGGCGCUCCUCUUCUCAGGUUCCUUAACACUUUGCCAGAGGCGGUCAGCAUCACAGUGGGAGACGAGGAAUUUUCCGUGUCUUCCGAUUACGCCGUAUCCGCCAACAAGACUGUGGAACGGGGAGAGUACAACAAGGUGCACUGCAGUUUCAAGUCAAAGACGUGCUCUGACCUCGACCUCGGACUUCUGGACUUUGGAGCCUCCUACACCGUCAUCCUGGCGGAGGAUUCGGGUACAAUGGCGGCCCACAAGAUGGUGGACGUGCAGGCCAACAACGUGCACAUCGCCUGGCAGAUCCCCCAGUACGUUCUCAUCACGGCGGGGGAGGUUAUGUUCUCCGUCACGGGUCUUGAGUUCUCCUACUCGCAGGCCCCCGCCAAUAUGAAGUCAGUGCUGCAGGCCGGGUGGCUGCUCACCGUCGCCUUCGGGAACGUCAUUGUUUUGAUUGUGGCUGAGGGGGCGGGCCUAGAGCAGUGGAAAGAAUUCCUUCUGUUCGCCGGGCUGCUGAUGGGCGUCUGCAUCAUCUUCUCCAUCAUGGCCUACUUCUACACGUAUGUGCAGCCUCAGCAGAUGGACAAGCUCUACCUGGAGGACGAGGAUGAAGACGCACUGCAGAAGAAGAAAAGAGACAACAUUCAGAUGAAGAAAGCAGACAAGAGCACCAGACUGUAGUGACAGCCAUGUAUGUAUAAUCUUUAUUUGAUUUUUUUUUAUACUGAAGGAGGUGGCUGACACUUAUGUGUCAUAAAGGUUAGUGAAAUAUUUGUACUUUUUAAAUUGUGAAGACUGAAUAAUCAGGUUUUUGUGGCUUGUUUCUUGAGAUGCUAAUUGUUGCCUUUAUUUAGAUGAUAUUGGACCACCAUGGCAGGAAUGUCUUGUAGUGUUUAAAAUCUACUAUGUACCCCCUCUGAGUAUUUUAUACAGGCGGUCCUUGGGUUAAAAUGCACUCCCACGAGUUAUUAAUACUGUAAAAACACACAGACCGCCUUUUUACGUGCAUACGACAAAAGAAUACGCAGGAGAUUUGGAAGAGGGCUCUACGACGUCUGUUCCGAGGCGGACUUUGAUGUAAGCCGCUUCAAUGACACUGAUACCUUUUAUCCGAGUAUCACACUGACCGAUGAUGAUGUGCAGUAGAUAAAACACGUAUGCGAUUUCUCACCAAAAAUAUAAAUACAACACAUUUUUCAUAAUCUGAGCUAAUUUCUACGUAUACAGCUAUUGUUCACAAUCAUUCAUUAUUGUGAUUAUUGCACAGUUGUGCCGUAGGUUGGCCACAAUAAAAGGCUUCUCCACUAAACUCGCUAAAAUCUAAAAUCUUCCCACUAAGCAUGUUUGGGAUGCUCUUGAUCACUAUUUGAGGCAAAUGGUGGUUUUCGGACGCCUCUGGACCCGCCUCCGAUACGGUUGCACAAAACCGCACUUUUAUUGUGGCCAACCUCAUGCAUACCUGUGCAAUAAUAGGUAGAUUAUGAAUAAUGAAUGAUCACAGAUGUAUACAGAGAGGCCUUUUGUGUACAUAGAAAAAAAGUUUUAUAUCUUUGAGUUCCGCUAAUUAAAAAAACAGGAACAAAAACAAACAAAAGUCUUCAUAAAAAUGAGGCCUCAGUCACAUUUGAAAAAAAUCGUGAUUGUACUGUUCACACUGACAUGAAAAAUAUUCACAUAUGAGCACAAAAAAAAAAAAUCUGAAUUGACCUGACCUGCAGGUGAAUAUAGCCAAAGCAGUGUUGUGGUCUUCCUCCCUAUAAGCCUGUAUCUUCAUCCCUUGCAAACACCCCUUCCCAAGUAAGGACUUGCUCUCAUUUAGUUGUCAUAUUUAAUCAUAUUAAGUCUUUCAUGUGUUGUGUGUUUUAUGACUCAGGGGUAAUUUAGGUACGUACACUACCGCUCAAAAGUUUGGGAUCACUUGAAAUGUUUUUGGCCAGUCUGAGAUAUGGCUUUUUCUGAGCAGUCCUGCCAGGAAGUCCAGCAUCCUGAAGUCGGCGCUUCACUGUUGAUACUGACACUGGUGUUUGACGGCUACUAUUUAGUACAGCUGCCAGGUGACGACCUGUGAGGCGUCUUUGUCUUAAACUACACACUCUCAGAUAUUUGUCUUCUUGCACAGUUGUGCAGCAUUUUUCUGUCCUUGUUAGACCCAGUUUGUGCUGCUCUCUGAAGGGAGUAGUUAACAGCAUGGUAAGAGAUUUUAGUUUUAGUUUAGAUUUUUAGAUGGCUUUUCUAAUAAUCUAUUAGUCUUGUAAAAGGAUGAAAUUGGAUUAGCAGCCAUACCAGAAGAUUGAUGCAAAUGACUUACAGUUGUUGAUAGUAGGACUCUAUGCAAAAAUUUACAUCCUUCUUUGAAAAUCAUCUGAUUCAUUUUCAUUGUUUGUGAAAUUGAAUUUUUUUGUGUGAAAUGCAUGAAAAUGUGUUUUUAUUUGGAAAACAAAGAAAUUUGCAAAUGAUCCCAAACUUUUGAGCGGUAGUGAAUAUGUUUCAGCUUAUACUAACACUCGACUUGCAUCACAAAACGUCUUAGUAGACCGAGGACCGCCUGUGCACUACAAUACCAGUACUUUCAUGUCAUGUUUUAUCAGUAGCUGUACAAAUUGGGACCAUUUUUUCUUUAGGUUGUGAGAUGAGUGUAAAAAGUAUCUUAGCUGCACUGAUGAUUUAGCACCGCCAUGUGUUUCUGUACAAAGCGAGUACACUGCCAUGCUUGUGAAAACAUUGUGCAAGCAAAACAUGUUUACAAUGUGUUUACAUGUGUGAAACGUUAUUAAAAUGAAGGAUGUUGCGCCAUUA